UUCCUGCUGCAAGGGUGAGCGCUAGCGGAGCUUUGCAAAAUCUCAGCAAGCAGCGCUUCCCGAUUCCAUUGCGAUAGAGUCAUCACCUAAGAUAUAGCCAGCACGAAUGUGGCGAGUCGCGAACUUGUUUGACUUUGGUCAUUUUCCACCGGUCCCACAGACACAGUGGCUGCUAGCUGUGGACUGCUCGCGCAAUCACUUGCCUGCGCUCAGCAAGGUGGCACAGCGCGUAUUAGUACUAUUACUCGUAGAGCAGGACUGCACUACUGGAAGAUUGUCGUCUCGAUCACUGCCUUGUUGGUAUGUGGGUGUUUUGAGGAGUUUACGUGACUGGCACUGUGGCAGUAGCGAUGUACAUGAAGACAGUAGUUGUACGGUACAAGUAGGACUGUUUCGUGUCUUUGAAAACACUAAAGCUCUUUGCCUCCAGUACUGGUAGUUGUAAUAAAUUAGCUCCGUGUUGUUUCAGACGUAGUCGUUGUUUGUUUUGACCUGGACAGCUGGGAUAGGAGAAGAAGAAUACUAAGUAAGAGUAUUUUCUCUGUCAGGUGGUGAUCGGUGCAGCACACCAUCUUGCCCAUUGCUGUCGUCGACACGGAUCGCUGGACCAAUCUGUGCGCUAGCUGCAGGCCGACCUUACUGUGUGUCGAGGCCGGCGAAACGCCUCUCACUCAACUAGCGUGUGCUAGCUGUCGGAGAACGGACGUCCUGUAGUGUUACUUGUUACGGGCACCACCGGCACCGGAGAGGAUUCGCCGAGUGUAACAUUAUCUUCUUCCUGGCCUCGGUUUCGUGCUGAGCAGAAGACAGCGCUACACGUGUGCACGCACGCACGCACUGCCACUGCUGUACAAGUACCUUUUGUCAUCCUGAGUCGUGUGUAAGAUCUUUCCAACUGUGCGCCACGCGCUUGUCGACAAUCAGCUGGAAACAACAUACUUCCACACGUACACGCGCUGAGUCAAAAGGCGUAUUGCGUACUGCAGGCAGCUCAGCUCCCACUGGCAGAUUGGUUGAAUUGUGAACUGCCCGUUUUCCUAGCAGAGCAGACAUGGCCCUCAGUAGCCCUGUUUCGGUUGGCGUUCUCUGGGGGUUCGUCGUUGUCGUGUUUUGCAUGAUCGUAGUCCUGAUAGCGACGUGGCUGUAUUGGCAGCGGGUCAAGAGCAAGGGUGUCGGUGAACACGUGCGUGUGCAAGACAAUGAGGACAAUCGCAACCCAUCGUCGCGGGCGGCGAGCAUCGUGCGUGUCAGCGACUACGAGAUGCCGCACGACCACUUGCAGCGAGGGCAGCACGAGAGCGAGGACAGCCUGUUCUGCGAAACUCGCUCGGUCUUGUCGCGGCACGGUUCCACUGGGCACGCACCACCGCACCGCGGUACGACGAUGUUGGGCGAUGCGGCGGACAUCGAGCACGAGACGCACCCGGACCUGAAUCGACUCAACUCCCUGAGCAGCCGCCAGUCCUUUCAGUCCCUGCACGGCCCGAAAGUGGCCACUCGCGACUGGUCGAAAUCACACCCGCUACCAGACGAACCGUCCGAGAGUGAGAUGGUGUUUGUUGACGUGAGCAUGCAGGUGACUAACCGAUCGUCUCUGAGCCCCAAUGCCGACAUCAGCGCCGUUGAGCCAACUCCUGGACAGCAGACUUCGGAUCGCAGCAGUGGCGACAGCGCCAUCGAAUGCUCAGCAGCCGAUGAGCCAGGUCCGCCGCGCGCCACAGAUGCUCGCACGUCCUCCGACUUGUCCCUGUCGGUUCUACUUAACAACAACAAUCAGCCGUCCAAGACCAACACCGGCGCUGACGACCAUGCACAGCGGGAGCUGGCUAGUGAGAGCGGCGGGGAUGACGGCGUUUUCCCAGCCACCCCCGACGCCGCCGCUGUUCCAAGGCUGGACUUCAACAUCGGAAACGACUCCAGCAACCCGAUCUACGAGCUGAGCCGUGGCCCGAGCCAGAAGCGCUGCAGCGAGCGAUCAAGCACUGGAGUUACUGUGGCACCAGCUCCGCCAGGCCGACAGAGCUCAAACCGAUCGCGUAAUCCGAUGUACAAAGACGUCACGUCCAACAAGCUGCGCUUCUCCAAUACGUUUGUCUAAACAGAAUUCUGGUCCAUCCCCCCCCCCCCCCCCUGCUCCCACUCCCAAUUCGACCGCUUCUCUUAUCUCCCUCGCCUUCCCCCCCCCCCCCCCCCCCGCCCCACGACACACACACACACACACUGGAACUGAUCAUGAUUGUGCACGUACUGUGUUUUGACGUUUACCACCAGCGCAUUUCGUUCUCACAGCUUUGCAUCUGUAGACCAUAUUCCAGCCAAUACCAACACCCUCACCACUGUCCUAUUAUUGAUCUGACAUAAUCCAUAUCCAUGGCAACAUUCUGUACAAUAUUUUCAAUAAUCUCUACCGCUCGCGAUCGCACUUUUCUUGUGCUUACAUUUCCGAAUCGUUUUAUGCCAGGUAUUUUCCAUAUGGCCUUGAUUUCAAAUUCACUUUUUCAAUGCGCACACCAACGGCCUUCCGACUUGUUUUCGUCUUGAGUGUGAGUCCCCUUUUUAUCCUUUUUUCUUUCCUUUUUUUUCAUUCCCUCUACUUCUGUUCUUCGUUUGAAAUGCAUUCGCUCCAGUCAUGCUGUGCAUUCCGGCAGAACGCUCUAAGUACACUGGUGCCUGCUUUACGCAGCAUACUAGUAAUAUCUGUCAAUGAGUCGGUGUGCAUUGGUCAGCUGCUCGCUCACUCAGCCACUGCUUGAUAUUGUUUUGAUCUGCUCGAUAUAUAUUACACAUGGAGCUAUUAGUUACUCUGUGACUGGUGUGUAUCAGUACCAGCAGUACUGAUCCAGAUUUACCGCUUACUGUUUUCUGAUGACCGCUUUAUGUAGUGCGUGAAACUCAGAGUUAAAACACUCAAGUUUUCAGUUCUCUUAUCUGCUUCUCUGUACUGAGCACUCUCUUGGACAGCCUGUAACCUCUCUGUUUUACAUGUAUAUGCAUUGCUGUGGUUCAUUGCAGCACUAGGUAUUCUCGCAGCCACUAGAUACCAGCCAUUCUGUCUUAAUCUUAUAGAAUCAUCUGCCAUAGUUUAUCCUGCCCGUCAAUAAUAAUAAUAUGAUGUGUUUGUUGUCAUGAUCAUCGU